AUGGGGCCGGUUAUCGUCCUGCACCAGGAGGAGGAACUCAGGGCCCACUGCACCAGUGUAAAGUCUGACAAUGGCUCCGAGGAUUUCAUUCUGGAAGCUGGGAGAUACCCUGCAUACAAGGAGAUGGUGGCAGAAUACGGCUGGCUCGACCAAUUAGCCAAUGGGGGCCCUGCACCAUCCUCCCAGGGUUCAGACUCCAACUCUUCUGUCUCCUCGUUGUCCUCCAGCACCCCUCUCAGCUCCCUCAGUGGUCUCUCCCAGGUCCUUUUCCCUCCUGUCUUUGGCUCUGAGAUGGUAGACGUCGCCAUCUCCACAGAGGACCGCUCCCGACAUCCAAGCAGCGCAGAGCGAACUGCUGAUACCGCCAUACAGACUGACCCCCACCCUCCAAAUUACCUGGACCACCCCUCGCCUAGUGGGUCGUACCCCGACAGGCUGACUGCCACAGAAACCAGCCGGACUAUAGGUGCCACAUUGCUGCUGAAGGACACAGUCAUACGUGGGAAAGGGGAAGGUCCGAGGGAGAUGGGAGGAGCAGGGGAAGGAGGGCGAGGACGGACCAGGACGCUGUCAUCUGGGGACCAGGAAGUAGUGAAACACUCCCCUAAGACUGCAGCGCUGAUGGCCCUGAGCAGACCACGGAAGCCAAUCAGACGUUCCCAGAGCCACAUCACCAUGUCAGAGGACAGACAAAAGAAGAAGAGGCAACAGAAGCAGAAGAGCUCAGGAGAGGGUAAAACCAGCCUGCAGAGAUCUAAAACCUUUGUCAACCUGUUAUUUAAGAAAGACCGUAAAGACAAGAAUCGCUCCAAGUCACCGUCUCACAAUGCUGACAAAGAUAAGGAGGGGGAUCGUCACUUCCAGCUCUUGACCUCCCCAAGGGAAUCCCGUGCUGGGGUUAAAGACAGCAGCCCACUGCCCCGACCAGAGACCCUGCAGCAAGUGGAGGACAUGGCAAAAAAACUGCUCAUCCAGGAUGAGGUGGCUGCUGUAAUGAGACACUGUCAGCGGUUUUUGUCCGACAAUGUUAUUGAUGAUUUAGUACGUCCCCUUUUGGCAAUCUUGGACAGGCCAGAGAAACUACUACUUCUCAGAGAAAUAAGAAUGCUGAUACCUACUACUGAGUUGGGUCGUUUUGACAGCAUGGUCAUGCCCUUUGAGCUGGAAGCGUACGAUAUUCUAAAGAGUCGCUCUGUACGUUCUCCAGCUCUGCGCUCCCCUCGCGGUGGAACCCCUCGACGUCACCUCAUCACUCCAAUCCCAGACUACAGGGGUGGGUUCCACCUCCAGCCGGUCCAGGACACACUGCGGGAGCGUCAGUUGAUUGAGGAGUUGGAGAGACUACGCUUGUCCGGCCAUCAGUCCAGCCAUCUGCCUCCAUCACGUGCCUUCACCCCUCUCUUGGAUGUACCUGUGGACAACUACGCCUCCUCCACUGUGCGCUCCCGCUCCCUGAGCCCCUCACCCACCCACAGCUCCCUCCUCACAGGAUCCCCACACAGCACCCAACGUGGGCACCAACCCCAACGCCCAAACAGAAGAGAGAACGGGGCAUCGCAGUAUGACAAGGUCUCCUUGUUGUCGCUGUCUGACAGAGGAGGCUCGUUCGUGGCUCCUGAACGUGGGAGGUCGCCUGUGAGGAAUGGCCGUGGGAGAGCGAGGAGGGAGAUGAGUCCUGACAGCAUAGAUGGCAGACUGAAUAGACAGGAGGGCUACACUGAGGUCAGUGUACAUGUUCCUUUGCGGCAGCGAGGGAGAACCCCUCUGGCUGAUGUAUUUGAGCCCCAGAGAGACAAGAGUCCAUCCACAGGCAGAGCAAGCAGUCAGCAGCUAAAUGGACAUUCACAAAAUGCUCAUGGUGUGAAAAGAAGAGCAACUCUGGCACCUGAGGACUAUGAAAUCACCACUUUCACCAUCUCUAAAGCCAAGCAGUCCCUGGGUAUUAGUAUCUCUGGAGGUAUGGAGUCUAGAGUCCAGCCCAUGAUAAAGAUUGAGAAAAUCUUCCCUGGGGGAGCUGCAUCUACAAAUGAGGCCCUGAAGGCAGGGUAUGAGCUGUUGUCCGUGGACGGCGAGAGUCUGCAGGGAGUAACUCAUCAGCACGCUGUGGAUGUAAUUCGCCGCGCAUUCAGCAACAAGACCAAAGACCCGAUGGUUUUUGUGGUCAAGGUCCCCAAGGUCUCUACCACCCCAACUAGCCCCAGGAGAACUGCUGACUAACCUCUGUGUGCCUCACAGCCACACUGUACUCAGACAUGAAGGUCACCAAAAACCUGCAACUCCCGUGGGAGUGAAUAAACUACAGGUUUCACUCCAGAAGGGAAAAUAUGGGCCAGGUAGAUCUCUGGCCAUAGUGGAGAUGAAGGGAUGCACAGAAGCAUUUGUCCUAUGAAAGGCAGAGUUAUGACCAUAAGUAGCAGGAAACAUGUCAAAGAGAAAGGUGAACAAGCAGGUUUUUAAGACUUCAGUAGAUUAUUUAUCAGGAUAAAGAUUGUUAUAAAUCUCUUUUGCUACGAUGAAAUGUAAGAUAUUAAAUGUUGCAACUGCAAGACUUUCAUAACAUUCUUAGUGUUUUAAGCAAAUAUUUUACUAAACGCAUUCAUUGCACAUUAACUAGACAAAAAGUCAGUAAUAUCUGUUUUAUGAUAAGAUUGUGAGGUUCAUGAACUCCUCCUUGGUUGAAAUUGUGCCACUGUUCGAUGCGUGGCAACCUUGCCGUGACCUCCGAGCACCGUCUCAUUGUGGAGCCAGUGGUCUGCACUGUUGGAGCAUCUCAGCCCAGCAGCAGCCCCGUAGGCCUGCCAGAGGGAGAUUACCCCAGUCUGCGUUAUGAGAUUUAUAGAUUUAUACCCAGAUUAAACCCCUGUAUUAUGUCAAAACUGAUAGUUUGGGUUUAGUGGAUGUCUGGGGAGAUUAUUACAAAUUGCUGCUCAGUAUUUUUGUGCUGUUUUCUGGCAGAAGUGCUUGUGCUCUGGAGAAAUCCGCCACUUUAGAGGCUUAAUUACACCACGCUGUGGACUGAGUUUAUGUAGACAUGUGGAGGAGUUGGAAACACAUGUCAAUGAAAAAUGCAGGACAUGAAGGCCAGUGGCACAGUUUGAAUCAAAGUAGGGUAGAGGAGAUAUGGGCAGCAAGGUAACUGGAAUAUAGUGUGCAUAGUGCCUUACUUCUGCAGACGGCCAGUUGGGAAAACACUUUUACACAAAUUUUUCAUGAACUUGGUUUUGAUAAGUUCUAGAAAAGCUCAAGGUGAAAUGUUUCUAUUUAGACAUGCAAUUAAAUUUAAAGAUGAAACUGA